UUCGAGCCUACUAGUACUCCCUGCGUAUGCGUGAUUCUCUUAUAUUCUCUAAGACAUCCUUCGGAAGAGCAUAACAAAAUCAGUUUUUUUUUACUAAAUUGGAUUUGGAAGUAGCGAAGAUGAUCUUCACUUUCAGAACUGUUGCUUUCAUAGCUGGUCUUAUAGGCUUAGCGUUGGGUCAGCAGCAACAGCAACAACAACGACGACAGCAACAGCAGCAAUGCAACGUCGAAGAAUGUCUUAUUAAGCUGAGAGAUCCCGAUCCAGUGAAGGAAGGCGAUAUCAAAAUAUUUUGCGCUCGUACUGCUGAAGGACUAGCCUGUUUGGAUAGAUGUCUCGACUCGCCCAUCUAUCAAGCUACCAGCCCAGUCGUCAUGGGAGGUGUGAAGCAGUUGCUUUCUGAAAUUUGCGCUCCUGGAUCCAGCUUAGGAAAACGUUACAUGCAAGAAUCUAAAUGUUUGAACCAUCAGAACACCACAGUUAUGGAUUGUGCCACAUCUAUGAUUGAAAAAUAUCCAUCUCUCAUUCAGAGACCAGACCCCGAAUCCAUCAUCCGAGUAUUCUGCUGCUCAAUCGACAGAACUGAAGAAUGUAUCAUUGAAAAGGUACACAAAGAUUGUGGCAGAGGCGCAGCAAAACUUGUCAAUGAAAUGAUGAACAAAGCUUUCUAUCCUAUCAACCAAGUCAUCUGUUACUUCAAUGAUCCAUCGCAAUGUCCGCAAUUCUAAUCAGAUUACUUCAUCAUUUCACUUAAUAGCACUAUAAAAUUUCUUUUUUUCAAAGUAUUU